UGCCUUAGAAAACAUUUUCUUAGAAAGUCUCUUACAGAACAAGUCUGUCUUUUGCAAACAUUGUCUGAAGAAUUCAAACAAAAGAUGGAACAGAGUAAAAGAACAGAGCAUGUUGUGUUAUUGCAGAGAUUGAAAAGAUUGGUCGUCUCUUUUUUUUGUUGUCUUCCCCUGUCUCUUCUCGGUCUCCUUCUCAUGCUUCUCUUAAUCUACAACAGCUUCUGUGUCUUCUCUUUUCAUCUUGAUACAAUCUCACCUGUUAAAUCCACUCUACCACCAACUCAACAACACCAGUUUCUUCAUCAUCAUGCAUCACCAUCAUUAACAACAUCAUCUGAGGUUGACUCUUCAUUGUUGCUUGUGGUGAAAGAAACCUCUUUAGGGUUCGUGCAGAGGCAGAAUGAUUCGUCUACGACGAGGACGGAGAGAAGGACGAGGAAAUUCAAGAGAAGAGUCGAGUCAACUUCUGUGAUAACUCAGCGGUUACAAGUCGCAUCAAGACAGAGAUUCAAGACGAGGGUCAAGUCUUUCUUGUCAAAAUCUUCUUGCGAGUCACUCUUCUUCAUGACCUGGAUCUCCUCCAUCGAGUCUUUCGGUGAUCGAGAGCGAUUCACCAUAGAGAGCCUCUUCAAAUUUCAUCCAAACAGCUGUUUGAUCUUGGUCUCAAACUCAUUUGACUGUGACAGAGGAACCCUAAUCUUGAAACCCUUUAUAGAUAAAGGGCUCAAAGUGCUUCCAAUUAAACCUGACUUUGCUUACAUCUUCAAAGAUACAUUAGCAGAGAAAUGGUUUGAAAGAUUGAAGAAAGGAACACUGAGUCCAGGAGUGAUUCCAUUGGAGCAAAACCUCUCCAACCUCCUAAGAUUAGUCUUGCUCUACAAAUACGGAGGGAUCUACUUAGACACAGACGUUAUAGUCCUCAAACCUCUCACCAGUCUCCACAACGUAAUCGGAGCACAAACAGUUGAUGCAGUCACAAGAAAAUGGAGCAGGCUCAACAAUGCAGUACUCAUCUUUGACAAAAACCAUCCUUUGCUUAAGAGAUUCAUCGACGAGUUCUCGAGAACCUUCAACGGUAACAAGUGGGGUCACAACGGUCCAUACUUAGUGUCGAGAGUCAUUGCAAGAAUCAACAUUGCCCCCUCCUCAGAUUUGGGAUUCUCUGUUCUUCCACCAUCUGCAUUUUAUCCGGUGGAUUGGACUAGAAUCAAAAGAUUCUACAGAGCUCCCACGAAUGAGACCGAGGCUAAUUGGCUGCGGAUGAGGCUGACGCAUUUACGCAAAAAUACAUUCGCUGUUCAUCUUUGGAACAGAGAGAGUAAGAAACUUAGGAUUGAAGAAGGAAGCAUCAUUCAUCAACUCAUGUCUCAUUCCUGCAUCUUUUGUAAUUCUUCUUCUUUACAUUUAAGUUAAAACAUGUCAAAUAAAUUUCCACAAGAGAGAGACAGAGGGAGAGAGAGAAUAGGACAAAUCUGUGUGUGUGUAUGUGUGUUGUGAACAUACAGAUUUGCUGAUCUAUCUGCCAUUCUUAGUAGCCGUUCAAAUAGGCAAUGUGUAUUUUGUAAUUUGUACAUCAAAGUUCGUUUUUUAGUACAAGGCUCCCGCCUGGCCAAUUUUUUCUUUA